AUGUUGGAGGGCAUGUCGCUGGACGGGCUGAAGGACCUCUAUCGUUUGUGCUUUGGGCCGCGAGCGCCGGGAAAUAGCAGGUACCCCAACAGGGUGCUGUUGAUUGACCUGUUCAAGACGGUGGAGAAGCUCUGGCGGGAGAGCAACCAUGGAAAGGAGGAUUGCUCAACGUUCUUCAUGGAAAGGGGGGCAUGGUUGGUCUCGUCUGGGGUGGAGGGGGGAUACAGCCCGGACGGAGUCCAGACGUGCCAUAUGUUCAUGCUGCGGGCGGAGAGCCCCACAGACUUGGCCGUGCUCCUGUUGCACCACGUGCACAUGCCUAUCCUCGUCAUCACGCACAUCAUUUGUCGUGUAGGACCGAUCGUCCACGGCCUCUGCCAGACGGCGGCGCCGAACAAAGGAGUUCUUCCCCGGGUUGGCGAGCCUGACGAGCAUGGCAUGCGGACGGUGGACAUCCCAGCACUAGCGCCUAUGGGAAAUUACUUUCUUGGCGCCGAUAAGGUUUCGAAGCCUGUACCGCAGGAGAAGUGCACUCGAAGCAAUGUGUACAAUCUCCUGCGCGAUGCGAAACCUUCUCCUGCGGUUCAACGGUUGGACUUCGGUCAGCUUCUCAGCGUUUCAUCAUGGCAGGAAGUAGAAGAAGGGGACACCGCCGUGGCCUUCGUGCUGCUUGCUCGGGCCCGUUUGCGGAACCUGCGCCGACAAAGCCACCACUCCAUGGACCUCUUUGAGGUAGUGGCUGUUCUGAACGUGCGCCUCACCAAGCUCGUGGCUGUCAUCAGAGAAGGACAAGACAAGGAGCUCCCGCCAACAGCACUUGUCGAGGAAGAGCAGGUAGUCGUGGGCUCGGUGCUGCAGACCUUAUCGGCGCGGAGCGUGUUCUCAUCACGCGUUCUCGCGGUGGCGACUGGGUCAACCACCGGCAAGGCUCCGGAAUUUCCUGCCUUCUCUCGUCAUCUUUGCGAACCUGAGGUUGGGCAGAAUGACCUUCGACCUGCGGCGCUCGACGACCUGGUUUUGACCUACGCCCGGGCCAAGGAGGAGUUCAUCGCGAGUGGACUUCAACCCGCCAAUGAGCGCGCAAGGAAGCGGGCAGAACUGGCUGUGCGCUCAGGAGCAUGCUUCGGGUCGGCGGUGCAGCGUACGAAAGCCCUUCAGAUUCAGGUGGCUCACCAUCAACCGGGGAAAAGCGCUGACAUCAAUGGCAUCGUGGAAGAGUAUGGCCUUUCGUUCGACAUCCAAUCGCUGGAGGAGGACCCCACGGCGACGGUGCGCAGAACACACGCCUUGGGAAGCAACGCCGGGCCUUACUAUGGGCCAGACACCCUGCACGACUGCAACCACGGGGAUGACUGCCGCCAAAAGUACGGUGGGAUAGACACAUGCGCCCAGCUGUCGGGGGUCAACCUCAACGCGCACGAGCAGAACCAUGCGAAGAAGAAAAAGUUUCUGCACAUGUUGAAUGUCAUGAAAUUUGACCGCUUUGCGUUCAUGGUAACUCUGAUCAACGAGACCGAGAAUGAGGCAAUAAACCGCCGGUCGGUAGCAAACAUGGUCAAGCGUGUUCGAGGCCAUGGCUUGGAAAAAGUACAGAUUUGCCAGGCUGAGGUUUGGUUCUGCGGCAGAUGCUUCUGCGAGAACUCUCUAAUGCGAUCAUUCGACCAGUUCGGCCGGGUCCGGCUGACCUCUAUUCAAUCAUAGCCAUAUUUUUUGGGGGGCUCGGAUGUUGUUGUACUUUGUUUCAGAUGCUGUGGUACGGUGUUCGCUUGGCUGACCCGCUUGCGCCAUUCCGUCGUUUCGCCCUGUUCACAGUGGUGAGUAGAGUUCGUGUUUUUUUCCCCC